AUGGGAACAGUGUUUCCGGGUAGACCGAGUCCUCCUGUUUCACCAAGUGAUGAUAUUCAGACAAAUGCUGACAAUAAAUAUCCUGAAUCACUCCGCCUUAUUUUACUUGAUGACAGUGAGGAUAAUGAAGGACAUCGAAAUACAGAAGAAGAAUUACGUUCUAUUAUUAACCAUCUGGAAAAAUUUCAAGAUAUUAAUAAAUGUCAACAAUAUAUUGAAAACGAAUCACAAAAAUAUCGAUUCGUACUCAUUGUUAGUGGUCGAUUAGGAAAAGAAAUAGUACCUUCUAUUGAUAAAAUUAGGCAAGUUCGAUCAAUAUAUGUGUUUUGUAUGAAUCAGGCAUAUCAUAAAGAGUGGACUUGGAGAUUUAAGAAGGUGAAAGCUGUUGUUGUUGAACUUGAUGAACUUGUCUCUAGAAUCAAAUCAGACCAUAAAAUCCAGAUAAAAGUGAAAGAUCCAUUAUCAAUCAAUAUUUGGACAGCAAGUGCAGGCAAAUCAACAACGGGAGUCAAUGGUAAAUUUAUUUUCUCUCAAGUUCUUAUUGAUUGUCUUCUACAACUAAAAUCUACUGGGACAGACAAAAAUGAACUUAUUGAUUAUUGUAAAAGUCAAUAUGAAGGUAAUGAUUCUGAGUUAAACAAUCUUCGUGAAUUUGAACAAGAUUAUUCACCAAACGAAGUCUUAUGGUGGUACACAAAAGAAUCAUUCUUUUAUAAGACACUUAAUGCAGCUCUACGUACUGAAGCUAUUCAUAUGAUUUUUCUAUUUCGUGCAUUUAUUUCUGAUAUUCGUGAUCAAUUGAAAGAAUAUCAAGUUAAGAAUUCUCUAAAAGUUUAUCGAAGUCAAAAGAUGUCAAGUGAUGAACUUACAAUUCUACAACAAAGUAUUGACCAAUUUAUUUCUGUAAAUUCAUUUUUUUCCACUAGUACUGAUUAUCAGAAAGCUGUUUCAUUUCUUGAUGAUGCUGACAAAUCAUCCAAUUUAGAGAGAGUAUUAUUUGAAAUUGAUGCUGAUCCUGCGGUGGUAACUGCAAAACCAUUUGCUGAUGUCAGUCCAUUUAGUGACUAUCCUGAUGAGUCAGAAGUUCUUUUUAUGCUUGGUUCUAUUUUUCGUCUUGAAAGUAUUAAUCGUAACAAUGAUCAAAUAUGGAUCAUUCGAAUGACUUUAUGUCGUGAUGAUGAACAUCAUUUAAAACACUUUUUUGAUUCUAAGAAACAAGAAAUUGGAAGUGGAGAAACAAAUCUGCAAACCUUAGGAAAAUUAUUAUGGAAAAUGGGUAAAAAUGAUUUAGCUAAGAAAUAUUUUUGUCGUUUAUUGGAAGAACUUCCGCCAAAUGAUCCUUCACUUCGCAGUUUAUAUGACAAUCUUGCCGAUCUUGCAUCACAGGCAGGUAAUUUUGAAGAAAGUCUUGUAUGGCAUUCAAAAUCGCUUGCAUUCUACCGGGAUAAUCCUAUUGCUAAUCCAUCAAUGUUAAAUGAAAAUGAGAUAUUUAUCAGUGGCUUACCGUCUGAUAUGGAGAAGCAACGAUUAUUCGAUACCCUACGAGAUAUGUUUUCCACUGUUGGUUCAAUUAAAAGUGAUCCAUUAACAGAGAAACCAUGCAUCUAUCUAUUUCGAAGCAAAGAUGAUACCACUCAACUCACUGGUGAAGCAACGGUUACAUUUGAAAAGAAGGAAAUUGCUGAGAAAGCAUUCGAAAAUUACAAUGGACAAUGUGUAGCGAACUUGAAUAAUGCUGAAAUUCAUGUAAAGUUGGCAGAAACGAAAUGCCAGGAACCAAACAGCAAAGAACUCGAGCCACAGGCAUCUGGCAUUGGUCAUGUCGGCGAUACAAAAAAAAACAUAACAAAUAAAAUAUUCAUCUGUGGCUUGCCCCGUAAUAUGUCCGAGGAGCAACUGCUGCGUCAAGUUUCCCGUGUAUUUUCUACAGUUGGCCGAAUACAAGUGAAAAAUCGAACAGGGGAACCAGAUAUAGUUUUAUUUAAAGCAAAAUUCAAUAAUAAUCAGUUGACUGGUACGGCAACAAUUACAUACGAAAAAGAGGAAGCAGCCAUGGAAGCAAUUACGAAGUAUAAUGAAAAAUGUACGCCAGCGUUAAGUAAUGCUCGCCUUUCAGUGAAGACGUGGGAAAUGAAAACUACUCAUGUAACACCAGGAUUGGAACCUGGGCCGCUACCAGCAGAGCCAACACUGCCAGACUCUAGUGAGUAUUUGUAA